AUGGAUUACGAGCCCAUGUUGCUGGACGGCGAGUCUGGGGGACCGUCGAUCAAGAUCUCAGGGGCCGACAAUAUCCACGUUAACUUCGACCUCUCCAACUGCGACCUCUCCUUCGCCAACUCGCUGCGUCGCGUUAUCCAGGCUGAGGUCCCUGUGAUCGCCAUCGACCUGGUCGAAAUCGAAGCCAACACGUCCGUCCUCGCUGACGAAUUCAUCGCUCACCGUCUGGGGUUGAUUCCUCUCCAAUCCAAGGACGUCAACAGCCUUCUCUACACCCGAGACUGCGACUGUGAGCAAUACUGCGACAACUGUAGCGUGAAGCUUACCUUGCAUGCGCGUUGCUCAUCGGACGAUACCAUGAAGGUAUAUGCAAGCGAUCUCAUCGUCGACAGUUUCAGACAGAACGGCACCGUAGGAAACCCGGUCAUUCUCGACCCGGAAGGACAGGGCUCUUUGAUCUGCAAACUGCGUAAGGGACAGGAGCUCAAGAUCUCAUGUAUCGCCAAGAAGGGAAUCGCUAAGGAGCACGCAAAAUGGAUGCCAACGUCCGCCGUGGGCUUCGAGUAUGACCCCCAUAACAAGCUACACCAUCUGGACAUGUGGUAUGAGGAGGAUGCCAAGGCCGAGUGGCCCGAUAGCAAGUACGCGAAGAUGGAGGACCCCCCUCAGGAAGGGGACCCGUUCGACUACGACGCGGUACCUGGCAAAUUCUAUUUCGAGGUGGAGGGCGUGGGCAGCCUCGAGCCCGACCAGAUUAUCCAGGAGGGAAUCAAGAUUCUCCAGGAAAAGCUGGCCCUGACACUCCACAUCCUCACAGGCGAGGCGGACGACGAUGGCAUGGGUGACUUUGAUGGUCCUCGUAGUCCUAACCUGGAUAUGGACGGCGGCAACCCCUGGCAAGACCAGGGCUACACCACGCCCUUCAACGGCGGUGGGCAGAGCUCGUGGGGGGGCAAUGCGACAACGCCGUACGCCACCACUACACCCUACGGUGCAUCUGGACAGUCUGGCUGGAACUGA